UGUCAAUACCACGGAACACUUUCUCUCUCGCUUCCCUCCCUUAUCCCCUCUCGCUGCCGGCGCCGCUCCCAUGGCCGUAGCCGCCGCCGUCACCGCCGCUCCCUCACCGAAGAUCGUUCUCCGACGCCGCCAGAUCCCAUCGCCAUCCUCGUCUUUCCUUCGCUUCUCCUCCAUCACCCCCUCAUCUACAUCCAUUUCGAUUUCAUACACCACCUCCCUUGUCGCUCCCACUCUCACUUCCAGGUCCCGAUUGCGGUCUGUUGCUGAGGAAGAAGAGAAGGUCUUGGCAGGGAAUGAGAAUAAGGGGGAUGGCGAAGAAGAAGGCAUCUCUGAGGAGCCGAAGCCCUGGGUGCGGCCUUGCGAGCUCUACGUCUGCAAUCUCCCCAGGAGCUGUGAUGUCUCCCAGCUUUUGGAGCUCUUCAAACCCCAUGGAACCGUCUACGCUGUUGAGGUAUCUCGAGAUCCAGCAACGGGCUUUAGUCGAGGAAGUGGUUUUGUUACAAUGAGUUCUAUUCAAGAAGCUAAAACUGCAAUAGCUGCCUUGGAUGGCUCUGAUUUGAGUGGACGAGAAAUGCGUGUUCAAUAUUCAGCUGAUAUGACAUCUGGCAGACGGAACAUUGAGGCCUUGAAUACUGCACCAAAGAAAGACAUUGUCUUUGAAACCCCCUAUAAAGCUUAUAUUGGCAACCUUUCAUGGUCAGUAAAGCCUGAAGAUUUGCGAGAGCAUUUUAGUCAAUUUGGGACAGUUGUUAGUACGAGGGUGCUCUAUGAUCGUAAAGGUGGGAAAAAUCGUGUAUAUGGGUUCCUCUCGUUCUCUUCUGCUGAUGAACUGAAAUCUGCAUUAGAGCAAAAUGGAUCGGAGUUCCGUGGACGUACAUUAUUGGUGAGGGAAGUUCUUAACAGGAGUGAAUCGUGACAACACCAUUUGAUGAAGUAUUUAUGGAUCUUAUGUUCAGACUUCAGCGGGACAUUGUUUCUAUUUUAUAGGGAGAAUUUUGUACUUACAGCAUCCAUUUGGACAAGAGACAAACAGAGGUAUUGCAUAGAAGGACUUCUUGUAUUCUGGGGACAGAUGCAUGUAGAAUACAGGACCUUGCUGAAGUUACCAUGUCCCUCUCCUCUGGUUCCUUGAUCCAUGAUGUUUAUUCUUGUAACAUAAUUUGCAGGUUUUUUUCUGAUCAAAUAUUCCACAAAGUUUAUGUUUUCAAUCUUGAUGGCUUUACUAGUUUUAUCUCA